CAAGAAGCAGGUUGCCUUUUAAAACUCAGCCGGGAAACUCGGAACCAAAACAAACGUCAUUUUGCGCGUGCGCUUACAGGAGGAUACGAACAAACACAGAAAAGAAACGCUACAGACAUGGACACCAUGAUUUACCUGGAUCAGGAGAACGGCAGACUGACCACUCCAGCCAUCAAAUCUCGCCAGAACAGACUGCACUCAGCUCCAGAUCAGUGCUUGAGGACACCUCUGACAGGAAAGCCUCGUCUCGGAGCUCCUCUGCAAUCCAGCCGAAAAGCUUUGGGAGUCAUAAAUAAGGUUGUUGCCACUCCAGCAGCUUCUCAUAAAGCAGAGGAGAAGACUAAACCUGCUGAAGCCAAGUGCAAGGUGCUUGCUCAGCCUGCUGGUGAGGAGUUGCCAGAGAUUGAGAAGUGCUUCCCAUAUAAUCCAAGCGAGUUUGAGACCUACAGUGUUCCCGAUGAAGUCUACCUCAGUCGUUUCUCUCUGGCUGGUUUGGUUAAACAGACGUGGCCGGCUGCUUCACCUGUGGAAGAGUUUAUUAUGGAUCCGUGUUUGCCACUCUCACCUGUAAAGAUGCCCAGUGCAGUGGGAUAUGGUGAUGAAAUGGAGGCCUUCCUACAGACGAUAAAUGAGCUGACCGUUGACUUGCCCCCAGAGUGUGAAUUUUAAUUUUUUUUUUUUUUUUUUUUUUUUUUGUGAACCUUGUACAUUUCAGAAUUGUUUGUUUUUAACUGUUAAUAAACUUUUUAUAAAAAUG